UUGAUUACCUACCAAUCGACGAUAACUUGUUAGUAAUCGUCAACUCUUGUGGACCUCGCCAUUUUCAGGGAGGCAUCUCACUCCUGCGGACCCGCUGCUCCCGAGGAUCGACACUUUGAAGACACCCCCCCAUUUUGGAAUAAGAUUUUCUUUUCUUUUCCAAUCUGCGUCUUUAUUUUUUAUUUUCUUCUAACCUCCUUAACUGUUAUGUGACUUUCCUCCCUUGGUUUUUUUGGUAAUAUUUCAACGAAGUCCUGCGUAAACUUGCGCGCAAACCAAUGAUGACAUCCAAAGAGGUGGCCAAAUGUGAUGCAGUGGAGAACAGGAGGCGAAGUCCGCUGGACCACUUGCCGCCUCCUGCCAACUCCAACAAGCCGCUGACCCCCUUCAGCAUCGAGGACAUCCUGAACAAGCCGUCCGUGAAGCGCAGCUACACGAUCUGCGGCACGGCGCACCUCAUCUCGUCCUCUGAGAAGCACCGCCCGUCCAGCAUCCCCCUGUCCAGCCGCGCUCUGCUCAACCAGACCUCCCCGCUCUGCGCGCUGGAGGAGCUGGCCAGCAAGACCUUCAAGGGACUGGAAGUCAGUGUGUUACAGGCGGCGGAAGGCCGGGACGGGAUGACUCUGUUCGGCCAGAGGACCACUCCGAAGAAGCGUCGGAAGUCCCGGACGGCGUUCACCAAUCACCAGAUCUACGAGCUGGAGAAGCGCUUCCUGUACCAGAAGUACCUGUCCCCCGCCGACCGGGACCAGAUCGCGCAGCAGCUCGGCCUGACGAACGCGCAGGUCAUCACGUGGUUUCAGAACCGCAGAGCCAAGCUAAAACGGGACCUGGAGGAGAUGAAGGCCGACGUGGAGUCGGCCAAGGCCGUAGGCCAGGUUCCCUUGGACAAGCUCGCCAAGCUGGCGGAUCUGGAGAAAUGCGCCAACGGCACGCUGGGCCACCCGCGCCCCGAGUCACCGGCGCGGGGCGGCAAGCAGAACCACGAGCUCGCCCAGAAACUGCGGUCGUCGCCGCUGUCUCCGUUCUCAGACCACACAACGAGUAAAGAGUGCUCAGAGGACGAGGACGUGGAGAUUGAUGUGGAUGACUGAUGGCGCAGCGUGGGGCCGAGGAGGCGAGAACAAACACAGAGAGACGAUAAAGAGAAAAAAGAAAAUCCCACCGAGGACUUGUAACUUACUGCUUAUAUUGUAUACCAUAUCUCAGAACAUGUACCAAAAUGUAAUGACUUUUAUAUCGGCACAGAUAGACCUAUUCAUAGUGAAGCAUGAACACUGAACCAGAAAUAUGCAGUGGUAUUUUACAGUGUAUCCAUACGCGAACUGUUACUCCAUGCAAUCAGAGCAAUAUGGUCGAACAUGAACAUGAGUAACUUAUUAUUUUUUUACACUGCAGGCCAACACACACACACGUACACACACAAACACACACACACACACACAGAAAGAUUUACACGCGCACACUUGUUCCAUUGCUUUUUCUAAAGGCCUGUGACACACACACAUACUCACACACACACACACACACACACACACUCAAAGUGCUCCAGUUUUCCAUACUUUUGCAUGUAAAUGCAUGAUUUGAUUUGUGAUCAUUAUAUAUUUAUUUUGACUUUAUAAUAUUAUAUUUUUUUUAAUUUAAACGCUUUUGUCUUUUCCGUGAGCCAAGUCGCCAUUAAGUCACUUCUGUCACUGCCGGCUCCUCCUCCUCCUCUUCAUCAUCACCUGCCUUCAGUUCAUAUAUUAGUGGUACCCGAUGCUGCAGUGCAUGAUGAUGAUGAUGCUGAACGUAAAAAAGGCAAACUCGGACAUUCACAUGCUUUUUGUGCGUUGUUAUUCUGGGAAACUGCUCCAGCGAUGGCGAGGGAACAACACCAGAGAACACUGCGGUGAUUUUGACGAGCUGUAGGCUACUUUCAGAUUUAUUGUUUGGAUACAAUAGAUUUACAGUUAUAGCCGAAAUUUGUUAUGUUUUGUACACCUGUAAGUGCCUUUCUAAAAUCAGGACAUUAUUUGAAAAACCAAUGCACAGACUGUAAUGUAUAUAGGCUACUAUGGGAAUAAAAUGGCUUUUCUGAAUAUAA